AUGUCGCGAUGUAAUGAGCAAUGGAUUGUCGGUACGACACAACGGGAAUUUAACAGCAGUGAUUUACUAUAUUUACUAACUGGGCUGGCAUUUAUCAUCGUACCAUGGAAUACUCUUUUAUGUUACAUCAGCUGGCAAUGCAUGAAAAUUACACCAAGCAGUUUUUCACUAUCGCUUCCACGCGGUACUUUAAGUGGCAUUCAAAAAUGUCCUCUUGUACUGUUUAUCCUAAAGAUAAUCCUCUUGGCAUGUUUGCUUCUUUCAUCAUGGAUUCCCGCAGUAGUAACCUGCACAAGUCGUGGUCUAGGACGUCAUAUCGCUGAAUUAAUAUUCCUGCCACAGAUAUUUCAUAAUACUUCACCGUUAUCUCUAUUUUUCAUCCCGUUCGGUUUUCUGCCAGUGAUGCAUAUCCCAGCUGUUGCAUUUUGUAUGAUCAUUACAGUUAGUGAAGAAACUUAUCACGUGAGCGCAAUAAAAACAAUCAUGAUAUACUGCAGUACUGUAUUCGCCAUUCUUUAUUACCUAUCAGCAUAUUUCAUGCACAAAGCAAUUAAUUCAUUUAAGGAGUCAUAUAAUUUGGAAUGUGCUGUUAAAACGAGACACUGGAUGGUGGCAGUGAUAUUUGCAUACUUGAUUGGUGCCUCGUGUAUGAUAACGGCUGUUCUCCUGAUUAUCAUCCGACUGACUGAAGCAAGCAGUAAGAAGAAAGAUGACCCUUUGAUGAAUGAAGAUGUGGUGGAAUCACCUGGAGAAGCAAGCAAUGUAUCAGUGAGUACCGCACAGUCUGUACCAUUUCAUUCGAACUACGGUACCAUCGAACUCUCACCACAGCCAUUUGUCGUUAAUAGCGAUAGCAAUGGAAUCCUGAAUCUGAGAAAUGCUUACAGCAAUCAAUGGGUUGCUAUUCGAAUUCUUACCAACAACGACGAAUUAAACAUUCAUCCAACCAAAUUUCUGUUACCACCAGGACGUAUCAGCGCUGCCGAAGUGACGAUGGCAAAUUAUGAUGUAGUGAACGAAGAGCUGCCUAGCCGGAUCCUUAUACAAUGGUACACAAUAGGAGCGUACUGUCCAGCACGAAACGUGGACACCCUGUGGACAAGACCAUACUAUGUUCCACGUGAUCAAUGGCAUUACAAAAUUAUUCGUAUUUAUCCCGGUUUUAUCUGA